AGUUACUGUUUUUGGUGACUUUUUUUUAUUUUUUUCAGAUUUUGACUCAGAGCUCAUGCAUGAAUGGGUGAAUUUGCAUGGAGCUCAGGCGCUGCAGACUUACUAUCACUGCUGAGUGAUCUCCACCCGGCUCUUACGAUCGAGUGAGGACCACAAGCUUCUCUCCGGCUCUGUAGGUAACAUCUGAUACCUGCUCUGAAACGUCUGAACGUCCAGUUCUCCUGGAUAAACGUCUGACAGCAUGCGUUACUCCAUAGCAGGCUGUGUUCUGAUGCUGCUGAUGAAGCUCUCAGCAUCGAUGGCAGCUAUUCAGAUUCAGCAAAAUCCCAGGUUUUACUGUGUCAGAAUGGGGCGGACUGUGUCCAUCUACUGUAUGAUAUCAGGAGCGAGCUCAGAGUCUCUGAAGGUAAAGUGGUAUAAAGCCAAAACACACAGCGACCCAAAGCGUGAGAGACACGUCACACCUGAGAACUCUGUGAAAAUAAACAUCACCAAUGUGAAGCUGGAGGACAACGGGGUUUACUACUGCGAAGUGAACGGCAAUAUGGGACAUGGAACUGAGCUGCAAGUGUUGAGACUCAGCAAAUCUAAAGAAGCUGCACGGAGAAGCAAAAUGAAAGAUUUCAUCAUUUUCCUGCAGGCUUUUCUUCUGGUGCUGUGUAUAGUUCUUCCCCUGCUGUGGCAUUACAGACUGGGGAAGAAGGAGGAGGCUGUGUAUGAAGAGCCAGAACGUGAUCACACGUACGAGGGUCUGGAGAUUGAACACUGUGGUGGAGAUCUGUAUGAAGAUAUUCGUGCUUUUGCGGAUGUGUCUCAAGGUCCAGAGGCAGCAUGGGAAGUUGAAGCUGUUGAAGGCGAUGCCCCUGAAAUAGAGUUUCCAGAAGAGUAGUACUGUAGUCUUGGACAAAAAACAGUCAAAAAAGUGAUAAAACAUACAUCAUUUCUACCUAAAAAACAACGCGUUUUCUUUGUAAAAGUAAUUUAACUGGCUGAAAGUACUAGUCCUGUGCUAGGUUAUUGUGUAAAAUUGGUAAAAGUACAUUUGGAUCACAUUAUUUUAAUGCAUCAGUGUGGAAGGUGUGAAGCAGUCCACCUUAAAGUUCAACUUAAAAUCCACAGGAGACUGCAAAAGAACCUUUUUGAGCCCUUUAAUGCUAAAGGUCCAUCCACAUCUUAGCAGGUACUGGAUAAUUUGUAGUAGAUACUGAAUUACUGGUCUAUAAGUAGCUUGUUAAACCCUAUCAGGAUGGGAUUAGUUUCUCUUUUAUGGAGGAUCCUCUGUGAUUUUAUUCCCAUCUGGAACAAUCAUGUACUGUACGUGUUUUUCUCAGGCGUCCUCUGAGAAAAUUACAGGCUGAAUUAUCUACUGUUUUUCACUGAACUCCGUGCUCUUCUGGUAAUUUUAGUCUCAUAAUUUUAGUCUCUGAAUUUUGUCUCCUUGCAUUUAAUGAACUAGAUAUUUGUCCACUGCCGUUGGGUGUGCAUUUCCACGGAGAUCCAUGUAAAAACACAACAGCGAGUGGAAAUGGAGGAGCUACUGAACACCAUGUCAUGUGACUGAGAAAGCCUAAAAAAAUCAGUGGUCCUCUGUUUUUUUCAAUUGCAGUAGACGUAGAAGUGUGAAAUAUUUUAUACAGACAUCCCCCUGAGAAACUAGAUGCUCAAACAUUUAUGGGAGAUACUGAAUAUUAAGUCUGCAGCUUAAGCCUUAUUGAAUAAAAACUACUGAAUAAUUGGGUAGUAGAUAAUAAACUGUUCCUGUUAGCUUGUUAGAUGCUCAAACAUUUAUGGGAAAUGCUGAAUAUUAACUAACAUAAAGCUUAAGUCAUAAUAUUAUUAAUAGUGAAUGCAUAAGAGUAACAGAGUGAGUAUUUAAUACUAAGUUUUGAAGAAUUAAUAGUUCUAAGAAUCUACUGAAAAACUAGAUAGUCUUUACUGAGUAAUGUAUCCAGCAGCUACCAAAUAAUACAAAUUAAUCAUUUAAACUACGGAAAUAUUAAAAGCAGCUAUUGGACAUUAAGUUUAUUAGAUAUUGAAUAAUUUAUGGGAGAUACUGUAAAUGAAUCAGUUUUAAGAUUUUAAAUGUAUUCCCCUGCACAGUAAGGGGGUAAUCGUCAUUUAAAAAAAAUAUAUAUUUUUUUUUUAUCAUCUUUUAUCAUCAUUUUUUAUAUCAUUAUUUAGAGUGAUGGAUUAGAAUUCUGUGUGAACCUCCUGUACACAUCCUGAUUUAUUACAGAAAGGUUUUUAUACUGUACACACAAUCACACACACACACACACACACACACACACACACACACACACACACACACACACACACACACACACACACACACAUCCUGUGCACCUCACUCUCAUCAUUACUGUCACAUUACUGUAUUGUAUUAUUGGUGUGCUGUAUAUCUGAGGUUAUCUUUGUGUUGAGGUGUAUUUGCUUCAUGCUGUGGUGUUUUCUUUUCUGCUGUUCGUGUUCAGCCUGAGCUGAAGCUGAUGAUCUGUAAGGUGCUCAGUGUUUCAGUAAAGAGAACUACAUGGAAAGGAAGUGUUUGUUCCACCAGAAUAAAGGCAUGUGGUCAUCA